AUGAUGGACGAUGACACUGAGCUGAGGACUGAUGGAAACUCACUCCUAAAAGCCGUCUGGCUAGGGAGGCUCCGGCUGACCAGGCUCCUCCUGGAGGGAGGUGCCUAUAUCAAUGAAAGCAAUGACAAAGGAGAAACGGCACUCAUGGUGGCCUGCAUCACCAAGCAUGUGGACCAGCAAAGCAUCAGCAAGUCCAAGAUGGUGAAGUACCUUCUGGACAACAGAGCUGACCCCAAUAUCCAGGAUAAGUCGGGCAAAACGGCUCUCAUCCAUGCAUGCAUUAGAAGGGCAGGGGGAGAAGUGGUCUCCUUACUACUGGAGAAUGGCGCAGACCCCAGCCUCGAGGACCGCACUGGGGCUUCAGCUCUGGUUUAUGCAAUCAACGCAGAUGACAAGGAUGCAUUGAAAUAUCUCCUUGAUGCCUGCAAAGCCAAAGGAAAGGAAGUGAUUAUUAUCACAACUGAUAAAUCAUCUUCAGGCACCAAAACCACCAAGCAGUAUCUUAAUGUACCCCCUUCACCCAAGGUAGAAGACAGGCAGUCACCUCCACUGUGCAUGUCUCCUUCUGAGAUUGAACUGAAGGCUCCAGGGCUGGCUUCUCCACCCAGUGAGAAGGAAGAUGAUUUUUUCAGUCUCCAGCCGGGGCAUCCAAGUGGCUGCAAUGCUCCCAAACCUCUUAAUGAGCCUGGGUCACCCAACAGGAAAGUCGGUAACCUCAAAAGGGCCCGUUUGCCCCAACUCAAGAGACUCCAGUCUGAACCUUGGGGCUUGAUCGCACCCUCCGUAUUGGCAGCCUCAGCACGCCAGGAUGAGACCUUAAAUGCCAGCACGGACAAUGAGGUCCUCAAAAGCAUCAAUGAUGUGUCCUUCCCCAAAAGGGGUCCUCUUUCCAGAACCAACAGUAUUGAUGGCAAAGACCCUACCCUCUUCCUCACGGUCACAGAGCAAGUUCUGAAGAUUCCCACCUCUUCAGCACCAGCACCCUGGAAAGCAGCCUAUGAAAAAGCACAGGCUCCCCAUGCUCGUCUGGUUAGAAGAAGUACUCUUCCCGUUGACCAAGAGAAGGGUAGCAUUGGUCCACCAGGACCCUCUGCUCUCAAAGAUCCAACGGCCCUUACACUGCUGGAGAAUGAGUUCUAUGAUUUAGAUUUACAAACAGGCACGGACCCGCCCAACUCCAUUCCUCUUGAGUCAGGCAAAGGACCCUUAGAUAGAAAGAAGCUCAAUAGCUCCCACUUGGCUCUUUUCCAUGGCUCUCGUGAGUCCCUGGAUGCCGUGCCUAGCACAUCUCCCAACUCAGCACGCCGCAGGCCACCACACCUUCUAGAAAGACGAGGUUCUGGAACUCUGCUCCUCGAUCGCAUUUCUCAGACUAGGCCUGGCUUUCUUCCACCCUUAAAUGUGAAUCUGAACCCGCCUAUCCCAGACAUUAGAUCUAGCACCAAGCCUUCUUCCCCACUUGCUAGUGGCUUAAAAUCCAUGGUUCCCGUGGCUCCAAGCUCACCAAAGAGAGCUGACAUGAGAUGUAAAAAGAAGCUCCUCAGACGUCAUUCCAUGCAAGUGGAGCAGAUGAAGCAGCUAUCUAAUUUUGAAGAAAUCAUGACCUAA